GCCUAUUUGGUUGCUACCCCACUCUCUGGCCCAUCGACUACACCGCCAACCGUUAGUGGCACAGGAUAUAAUGCAACCAUUGUCCGUCAAACGUGUGACUCAUACUAUUCCAAGAACCUAUGGAUGCAUUCACUCCAAGAGACUAUUGUUAUCAUGUGCAGAAUGACGGAAAAGAGAAACCAAAUUUAUGUAUUCGAUGGCACCAGUGUAAAAUCACUGCCUCUCUUUGUCAGUGGAAUAACCCCCUUGGGAAUGGUUCCCAUGACCGGCCCCUCAGGUAGUUAUGUCUUUAUGGCCGAUAUAAACGGGGUUUACAGCGUCCCGCUCACAGGGGCUUCAGCUGGGGCAUUGAUAUCAGGAUACCAACAGGUCAAUAUCACAGAUAAUUAUGGUGCCACGCCAUCAGGCUCUAAUCGCCCAACGUCGAGUUCUACAACAGGUUCCGGAACAGGCUCAGGCCCAGGCCCAAACCAAGACCCUACUGAAAUAACCAAUCGCACCAAGCCUAUCCUAAUUGGCGUGUUUUGUGGCGCGAUCGUUCUUGCGAUCAUUGUAUCAUGUAUUCGUGCUUACAAGCGUCGUCGACUCGAACGUAAGAAUACAGCUGCUUCGGUCGAAGCGCCAUUACCAUUACCACCAACGCCGAUGAAGGAAGCUGACUCUAGGGGUGGGUUCCAAUACCCAGGGCAAGGGAUGCAAACUCCAGUAUACCCCCCAAGCAACCACUUUUACCAGCAGCAGGAACACCAGCAGCAACAACAGCAACAGCUAAUGUCGCAGGAGUAUGCUGCGUCUACGCCCUAUCAAUGGCCAGCUACUUUAAGCCCUGACUAUCAGCAGGAGAAAAUAGGCUAUGACCCUGCUGCGUUAUACCCCAUCCCACCAGUCCCAAGUCCGUUGAAGGCAACACCACCUUCGCCAGAGAAUGUUGUACCAGUAACGAAAGCGACGCCCCGUCUUAACAGUCCCCACACGGGCUAUGUAGACGGUGACGGCACCGGUAGAACUAUCAGAGGGCCAAUGGACUAUGGUUACAAUGAAGGGGUCAACAAUGAUGGAUCGUCCCCUAUGCGGACUGUCCAGACUUUACCUGCAAUUCGUCACCCGCAGGUCCGGGAUUGAAAAGACG